UUUUUUUAAGGAUAGAACCAUAAAUUUGCCUACAUUAAAUGAAUGCUUUUAAAAUUAUAGUCGUCCGUACGAAUCCACCAAUGACUUAGAGCUAAAAUAUUGGUCAAAGUUUCUCUAAUCCUUUUUAGUUUUCAAACAAGCAUUACUUCUUGAUUAUCCACUAUAUAAAUAUAUAUUGGGGUACACGGACACUCACAAACCAGGAAUAUCACAUCAAAACGAGGAUAAAAAGAAAAUGGCGUUGAAUAAGUUCAACUCUGCAAAAGCAGGGCUGAUUAUAAGCAUAUUUGUCUUGUUUUCUGUAGUAUCUGCAUCACAUGGAAGGAAAACUAAGCCCUCCCAUGAUUCCCACUCUCGAAUAAGAGCCGUUAAUCUUGGAGGUUGGAUUGUCACAGAAGGCUGGAUUAAACCUUCUCUCUUUGAUGGCAUCCCAAACAAGGACUUCUUGGAUGGAACUGGGCUUCAAUUCAAGUCAGUGACGACUAAAAAGUACCUUGCCGCCGAGCUCGGAGGAGGAACCAUCAUCGUCGCUUACCGCACGACAGCUUCAGGCUGGGAAACAUUUAAGUUGUGGAGGAUCAAUGAAUCCACUUUUCAUUUUAGGGUGUUCAACAAUCAGUUUGUGGGGCUUAGCGCGAAUGGGCAUGGGGUUAAAGUAGUGGCUGAAGCGAAAACGCCCGGUCGAUCGGAGACCUUCGAGAUUGUAAGAAAAUCCGGUGAUUUAAACCGUGUUCGGAUUAAAGCACCAAAUGGAUUCUUCUUACAGGCAAAAACAGAGGAGCUAGUGACAGCUGAUUAUGCAAGGAAUGGCACUGCAUGGGGAGAUGACGAUCCAUCUGUUUUCGUGAUGAGUUUCUCUGGCAGAUUGGAAGGCGAGUUUCAAGUUACAAAUGGUUAUGGCCCACAAAAAGCGCCACAAGUUAUGACUGAGCACUGGAGAACGUUCAUAGUUGAAGAAGACUUCAAGUUCAUAUCUGAAAAUGGAUUAAACGCAGUGAGAAUACCCGUGGGUUGGUGGAUAGCAAGUGAUCCAAACCCCCCAAAGCCUUAUGUGGGAGGUUCCCUAAAAGUUCUGGACAAUGCCUUCUUGUGGGCCGAGAAAUAUGGAUUGAAAGUCAUAAUAGAUCUGCACGCAGCACCUGAUUCUCAAAAUGGCUACGAGCACAGCGCUUCCAGAGACGGCUCCAUUGAAUGGGGCCAAACAGAUGAUAACAUACAUCAAACUGUUGCUGUCAUUGAAUUCUUAACUGCCAGGUAUGCCAAGAGGCCAAGCCUAUACGCAGUUGAACUCCUCAACGAGCCUCGUGCCCCAUAUGUGACGUUAGAGGAAGUGAGCAAGUAUUACAAGGCUGGUUAUGAGGCCGUUAGAAAGCACUCUUCCACGGCUUAUGUAUUGAUUUCAAACCGUCUAGGAGAAAUAGAUGCAAGAGAGCUUUUCUCGGUCGCCACAGGCUUAACCAGAGCGGUCGUCGACGUCCAUUACUACAACCUUUUCUCCGACAGCUUCAACAACUUGACCGUCCAAGAGAACAUCAAUUUCAUCCACACCAACCGAACUCACCAGCUGAAUUAUGUUACCACAUCAAAUGGUCCUCUCACAUUUGUUGGGGAAUGGGUAGCUGAGUGGGAAGUUAAGGACGCGACCAAAGAAGACUACCAAAGAUUUGGGAAGGCUCAGUUGGAGGUUUAUGGGAGAGCCUCAUUUGGGUGGGCUUAUUGGACUCUUAAAAACGUCAAGAAGCAUUGGAGUCUAGAGUGGAUGAUCAAGAAUGGAUAUAUCAAGCUCUAGAAAUUUUUAACAAUUAAUAUUCAAGCAAAAAUAAAAUUAGCAAUGAAUAAUACUUGUCCUUGAACUAUGAACAUCGUGCGAGAACUUGUUUUUCUUCGCCAUUUCGUCAGAAUAAUACUACAUCCAAUAUGUAUAAUCUCUUUGCUUGAAAUUAUAACCGUAGAUCUAUAUCAAAAAA